AUGGCGGGCGAAAAGGCCAGCGGCAAUGCCGCUCGAACACCUGCUCGGGCUGCCUCAAAGGCUACGCCCGCGUCAAAGCAGCGGUCGAUUGUCUCUUUCUUUCAAAAGUCCUCCCCGGCAACGAGCACGCCCACGGCAGCUCCCUCCGACAAGGUCUCUUCAGGUUCUCAGCCCUCGUGUCUGCAGGAGACCAAGGCCAACUCUCUUCCCAAGCCAAAGCCCUCUGCGAAGCUCGUCACUCCCGUCCCCAGCAGCGACGCCCUGGAGCCUCCGAGCUCGCAAGAGAACGAGGCGGUCGAUUCCGAAUCUCGACCAACCACACUCCGGUCGUCACCUACAACCAUGACUUCUGGUCUACGGGCGAGCCACUUGUCUACCCCGAGGGGACUUGACGACAAGAGCCCGUCUCGAAAGGUUGCCAGAAAGGUCGUCAGCUACGCCGAGUCCUCGGACGACGAUGAUGAGCCCUUUAGCUAUGGCGCAUCGCGGCCUCGACGUCGCGGUACGGCGCGACCAGUCGUCAGAGACGAGGACGAGUUUGGCGGCAGCGACGCCGAGGCUCAAGACGAUGAUGACGACAUUGCGGAUUUCGUUGUGUCGGACGAGUCAGACGAAGACACCCCACGAUCGAAGAAGAGAAAGAGGGCUGCAAAGCCUGCCAUGGCCAGGAAACGCUCCAACGUUUCCCCUCCGGCGAAGCGAGCCGACUCUCCCAUCCUCGACGAUGAAAUGAUGGAUGACCUGCCAGUCUCGUCCGCCGCUCAGUGGAGCUAUAAUCCGGCAUCCAAAGACAAACGCCCCGUGUCUACACCUGCAGAGCGGGCCGCGCGCGACCCGAAGAUCAAGGAAAAGGCACACACGAGGGAGCCCGAGGAUCGCUACCCCUGGCUGGCCAACAUCAAAGACAAGGAAAAGCGAGCCCCCGGGGAUCCAGACUACGACCCGAGGACCAUUUACAUUCCACCAAUGGCCUGGUCCAAGUUCUCGCCUUUCGAGAAGCAAUACUGGGAGAUUAAGCAGAACCUCUGGGACACGAUUGUCUUUUUCAAGAAGGGCAAGUUCUACGAGCUCUAUGAGAACGAUGCCACCAUCGGCCACCAGGAGUUCGACUUCAAGAUGACCGACAGGGUCAACAUGCGCAUGGUGGGCGUCCCGGAGAGCUCGCUGGACCAUUGGGUGAACCAGUUCAUCGCCAAGCAGUACAAGGUUGCCCGCGUCGACCAGAUGGAGACCAAUCUGGGCAAGGAAAUGCGUGAGCGCCAAGACAAGAGCAAAAAGGCGGACAAGGUCAUCUCGCGCCAGCUCGCUUGCGUCCUCACAGGAGGCACCCUGGUCGAUGGCGGCAUGCUCCAGGACGACAUGGCCGCGUACUGCGUCGCCAUCAAGGAGGGCGUGGUCAACGACUGCCCUGCAUUUGGCAUCGUCUUCGCCGACACGGCCACCGGCCGCUUCUACGUCUCUGGGUUCGUGGACGAUGUUGAUCUGACCAAGUUCGAGACGUUGAUUGCGCAGACGGGCCCGCGCGAACUGGUCCUGGAAAAGUCUAGGCUGUCCACCAAGGCGCUCCGCAUCCUCAAAAACAGCACGAGCCCCACGACCAUAUGGACGCACCUCAAGCCAGGCACGGAAUUCUGGGACGCGGAUGUCUCGCGCCGGGAGCUGACCUGCGGCAACUACUUUGCCAAGGAGGACGGCUCCGACGAGUGGCCCGAGGUACUACAGCAGCACAAGGACGACGACCUCGUCAUGUCCGCGACGGGCGCGCUCGUGUCGUAUCUCAAGUUCCUCAAACUCGAGGGGCCUCUUCUCUCCCAAGGCAACUUUGAGGCAUACAGCCCAAUUCAGAAGAAUGGCACCCUCAUCCUGGAUGGACAGACACUGGUGAACCUUGAACUAUUCUCGAACACUGCCACGGGUGGCUCCGAAGGCACACUCUUUAGCCUACUUAACAAGUGUGUUACGCCCUUUGGCAAGCGCCUGUUUCGGCAGUGGGUUGCGCACCCCUUGUGCGACAUUGUGAGGAUCAACGAGCGACUGGACGCUGUCGAGAUGCUCAACGCGGACCCUACCGACCGCGAGCAGUUUGCUUCUCAGCUAGUUAAGAUGCCUGAUCUGGAGCGACUCAUAUCGCGUAUCCACGCGGGCGCCUGCAAGCCAGAGGAUUUUGUGCGCGUCUUGGAGGGCUUUGAACAGAUAGAGUACACCAUGAGCCUCCUCGGCGCGUACAAGGGCGGCAACGGUCUCGUCGAUCGGCUAAUAUCGUCCAUGCCCGACCUCAACGAGCCGCUGAGCUACUGGAAGUCAGCGUUUAACCGACGCAAGGCCCGGGAGGAGAAGCUGCUCAUUCCUGAACGUGGCAUUGACGAAGAUUUCGACGAGAGCCUGGCGAGGAUGGACGAGAUCAAGGGGCAGCUGCAGGAGCUGCUGGUCGAGAAAAAGGCGGAGCUCAAGUGCAAGUCGCUCAAGUACACGGAUGUCGGUAAGGAAAUUUACCAGAUGGAGGCGCCCAAGAGCGUCAAGGUGCCGUCGUCCUGGCGGCAGAUGUCGGCGACCAAGGACCUGAAGCGCUGGUACUUCCCCAAGCUGACGGGGCUCGUGCGGGAGCUACAGGAGGCGGAGGAGACGCACUCGCAGCUCGUUCGCGAGGUGGCGUCGCGGUUCUUCCAAAAGUUUGACGUCGACUACGAGACAUGGCUGAGGGCCAUCAAGAUUGUUGCACAGCUCGACUGCCUGGUCAGUCUGGCACGCGCCUCAACGUCGCUGGGGCAGCCCAGCUGCCGGCCGACGUUUGUGGACGAGGAACGCAGCGUGCUCAAGUUUGAGGAGCUGCGACACCCGUGCAUGAUCAACACUGUGGAUGACUUUAUUCCCAACGACGUCAAGCUUGGUGGCGACGAAGCCAAGAUUAACCUGCUGACCGGUGCCAACGCUGCCGGCAAGUCGACGGUCCUGCGAAUGUCUUGCAUCGCCGUCAUCAUGGGUCAGAUUGGCUGCUUCGUGCCCGCCGUCUCUGCGACGCUCACACCCGUGGACCGAAUUAUGUCACGCCUAGGCGCCAACGACAACAUCUUUGCCGCGCAGUCGACUUUUUUCGUGGAGCUGUCGGAGACCAAGAAGAUUUUGUCGGAGGCGACUCCCCGGUCGCUGGUGAUCUUGGAUGAGCUGGGACGCGGGACCAGUUCGUACGACGGUGUUGCGGUGGCGCAGGCGGUGCUGCAUCACGUCGCGACACACAUUGGUUGCGUGGGCUUCUUCGCGACACACUACCACUCGCUCGCGACGGAGUUUGAGAACCACCCCGAGAUUCGGCCGCGGCGCAUGCAGAUUCACGUCGACGACGAGGCGCGGCGCGUGACGUUCCUCUACAAGCUGGAGGACGGAGUGGCCGAAGGCAGCUUCGGAAUGCACUGCGCGGCCAUGUGCGGCAUUACGAACCGGGUGAUUGAGAGGGCUGAAGUGGCGGCUCGGGACUGGGAGCACACGAGUCGGCUCAAGGAGAGCCUGGAAAAGGCCAAGACGGGGUGCUACAUCCCGCUGGGCGUGCUCAGUGACGUGGGCUCGCUGCUGGGCGACAAGGGGGACAUUGGGAACGGCGGCAUCGACGUCUUGCUCAAGGCGAUUGAGUACCUGUGA